AUGAUUGCAAUAUUGAUUGAGGACAAGAAGUUUACAAAGGAUUCGACGCCUGAAAAAGAAUUUUCAGCAUUUGCCAGAUAUAUGGAGACUCAGAUUGCGAGCGCGAAACCCGAAUACGAAGCCAAGAAAAAGCGCGCGGAAGAAAAGGCGAACAAGGCAAAGCGAGAGGAGGAAGAGGAGAAGAAGAAAGCCGGAGAAGAGAGUUCGUACAGAGGGUUCCACACCCAAGAGAAAUCUGACACCGAGAAAACGUUCAAGUAUGUGAAGCAGGCCGUUGAUGCCAAUCCUGGGAACCGAAGGCUGGUUCACUUGGUGGAUGUGCAGAAAUCGAUUCAGCGCGAUCUAGCUGAGGUGCAGUCGUCCCAUCAACAUAACGAUGGGGACUUGAAAGAUGGAUUGGAACCGGAAGAGGACAAAGACGUGAAAUUACGCAACGCCAGCCUGCUUUUCCAGUAUGGACUUGACGGGAUCGUGUAG